UCUCGCGAUAUUUCCUUCCGUUUUAGUCUCAUUUUGGUGGGAAGAUUAGCUUCUUGUAGCGUAACAUUUGGGCUUUUGCUAAAACGGAAACCAUACUUAUAAUCAUUUAUUGUACGUUGACUUGGAAAUUACCAACAAGAAGCACAACCGAAUUAUAGGUUAUUAUCAACACUACACACGAACAUCUCAUGGCUCACAGACAAAGACAGAGAUACCUCAAGGUAUGUGAGGUUCAGCCGACCCAUGGUGAUGAAGACAGCAAUGAUGACUGCUCUGAGAAGCAGCACAGGAAUGGCUUCGAUGAGCAUCAGAUGAUGGAGGACGACUCAAACGGCCGAACCAACCUGAUCGUGAACUAUCUGCCCCAGAGCAUGUCCCAGGAGGAGCUGUGCAGCCUCUUCAGCAGUGUGGGCGAGGUGCAAACUGCAAAGCUCAUCCGGGACAAAGUGGGAGGCAACAGUUUAGGUUACGGCUUUGUUAACUUUGUUAACCCUAAUGAUGCAGAGAGGGCUAUCAAUACCCUCAAUGGCCUGAGGCUACAGUCUAAAACUAUCAAGGUUUCUUAUGCCCGGCCAAGUUCUGACCUGAUUAAAGAUGCUAAUCUGUACAUUAGCGGACUGCCUAGGACAAUGGGUCAGCAGGAGCUAGAGGACCUGUUCUCUCGCUUUGGGCGGAUCAUUACUUCCAGAGUCCUGGUGGAUCAAGCAUCUGGUCAUUCCCGUGGUGUUGCCUUCAUUCGUUUUGACAAAAGGUCAGAGGCAGAAGAUGCCAUUGAGAGCCUCAAUGGUCAAACUCCACCUGGCACCUCUGAGCCAAUCACAGUCAAAUUUGCUGCUGCCCCAAAUCAAGCAAAGAAUCAGAUGGGUUCUCAGUCUUACCAGUCACGGCGGUUUGGAGGAGCUGUCCACCACCAGUCCCAGCGCUUCAGAUACUCUCCCAUUAACGUCGGUCAUGGUGGUGGAGCAGAAGGGUCAAACGGCUGGUGCAUCUUCAUCUAUAACCUGACCCAAGACACAGAUGAGUCCAUGCUGUGGCAAAUGUUUGGACCCUUCGGAGCCGUAGCCAACGUGAAGGUCAUCCGCGACUUCAAAACAAACAAGUGCAAAGGCUUUGGUUUCGUCACAAUGACCAACUAUGAAGAUGCUGCUAUGGCGAUCCACAACCUGAAUGGAUACCGGCUUGGAGACAAGGUCCUCCAGGUGUCCUUCUAAAACCAGUAAGGGGUACAAUUAGACCCCAUUAUUGCUCAUGUACCAGUUCUUGUGCUGUUUUGGAUGUUGUUGGUACACAAUUGCGGCUACAUUUUUGUUUACUGUUUAAUUUUCUCUGGGCGAGCUCUGUCGAAUUGAAAAUGCAAUGUUACUUUUUCAAAUUGUAACUUGGAGUUUGAAUGUUUUGAGGGAUGGACUGUGAAAUGUUCAGUCAACAGUGUAGCCUACAUAGCUAGUCCAUUUAAAUAUGUUCAUGUAAAUGAUGUAUUCAUUUAUACUUUUUGUUUGGCACUACGUUCAUCUUGUAUUCAAGCUACAAACAUGUCUAAGACAAAACCCGAACUAAUGCAUUUUUAUGUAAGGAUUCUUUAAGGAGCAGCAGUAUUACUGUGUUUUAUCAUUUGAAUUGUUUUAUUUUUUUAUUUCUGCUCUGUGGCUUUAAAUGCUUGCUGUUAUUAAAAAAAGACUCCCUUAA